CACCCCAUCGCGCUCGCUUCUCUCGACCUCUCUGCCAGGACAGCCAGGCAGCGCCGUGCUCCACCGAUGACCGCCGGCGCAGGCGUCGGCGCGGCCGAUGUGCCGCCCGACGAGCAGCUGGGCACAGAUGCAGCUCGCGCGCCGCCUGCCGCAUCAGACGGCGAAGACGAGCAGCGCCGCACGCCGACGCCCACGCAGGCAUCGUCGCAGCCGCAGCCCUCAAACCUGACGGCAGCCCUGACGCUCACGCCGCCGACGUCGCUGGCGAAGCUCGCGCCGCUCUCCAGCGCCGCGCCAGGUCCUGCGCCGCAUGUCGCGCCUAGCAGCGCCCCCGAGCCGCUCGACCUCGCCGGCUGCGACAGCGGUGCCUCGCUCGUCUUCGCGCCGCCGGCUCACACCGCGAGCUCAAGCGCAGAGCCGUCCACUGCCCGAACGCGCUCGUCGACGGCAGCAUCGUCAGCGCCGCAGUCUGCCGCCAGCGCCGUCGGCACGCCGCACCCGCCGCCGCGCACGCAGGCGCAGCAGCAGAGCGCGCGGGCGCAGCAUGCCGAGCCUGGCCGGCUCGGCGAGCUGAAGCGAUUCACGCUCUGGGAGACCAAGACGCGCUUCUACCUCGUAGCCUUCAAUACCUCCCAGACGCGCUUCCGCAUCCUCAAGGUCGACCGCACGCUGGCGCAGCCGCGCAGCUCGGGCCGGCCUGAUGCCUCGGCGGGCGCAGCUGAAGGCAGCAGUAAGGAGGCAGGCCACGCUGCGGAGACGGGCUUGGGUGUCGAUGGUGGCGCUGCCGCAACCUCGACCUCGGAAAGCACGCAGUGGGAGCUGAACCUCACAUCGGACCGCGUCGUGUACACGAGACAGCAGGUGAGCGAGCUGCUUGACAUGAUCGCCGAGGGCAACCGCUCCACGGGCGGCCUGAAGGAGGUCGGGCGCUUCUUUGGCAUCGUCGGCUUCAUCCGCUUCACCAGCGGCUACUACAUGGUGCUGAUAUCAGCGCGCUCCGUCGUGGCGCUCAUCGGCGGGCACUACGUGUACCACUGCGACGACACGCGCAUCAUUCCCGUGUGCCACCCGUCUGUGCUCGCGAGCGUGCCGGGCCGCUCCAAGGCCAAGGACGCAGAGGAGGCGCGCCUGCUGCACACGUUCAAGCAGGUCGACCUGUCGAAGAACUUCUACUUCUCCUACACGUACGACCUCACCAAGACGCUGCAGGACAACCUGACCGGCGGCAGCGAGACGGCAUGCCCUUCCAUCGCUCAGCAGCGACACGCGGUGCCAUCGCGCAGUAGCACGGCCUGGGGCUACAACGAGAAGUUCGUCUGGAACCAUCACCUCCUCGUGCCCGCAUUUGGUGCAUCAGAGCACCUGCAGCGGCCGCGCUACGAGCCUGACGCCUCGCUGCGCGACGCCGAGUCGGCCGCGGAUGCCAGCAUCGACGCAGCAUCCGAGUGGGUGCUGCCAUUGGUGUACGGCUUCGUCGACCAGGCCAAGCUGAGCGUGCUCAACCGCACCGUGCACAUCACGCUCCUCGCGCGGCGCUCGCGCCACUUCGCUGGUGCUCGGUUCCUCAAGCGCGGCACCGACGAAGAAGGACACGUGGCCAACGACGUCGAGACGGAACAGAUCGUGGCCGAUGGCCUCACCACGCCGUUCUACGCGCCCGCCCGCUCGGCAAAGCUGCGUACCGAGGCCCACGACGGCGGCGCAGAUGCAGGCCCUGCGCUCGGCGUCAGCCCGCGCUACACGUCGUACGUGAUGCAUCGCGGGAGCAUCCCGAUCUACUGGACGCAGGACUCGACGAACAUGUCGCCGCGACCGCCGAUCGAGAUCUCCGUCGUCGAUCCGUACUUCUCGUCCGCCGCGCUGCACUUCGACGACAUGCUGCGCCGCUACGGCCACCCGCUCAUCGUGCUGAACCUCAUCAAGAGCAAAGAGAAGCAGCCGCGCGAGGUCAAGCUGCUGCACGCCUUCGGCGAGUGCGUCGCAUACCUCAACCAGUUCCUGCCGGCCGACAAGCGCCUGCGCUACAUCGCGUGGGACAUGAGCCGCGCGAGCAAGAGCCACGACCAGGACGUCAUCGGGGUGCUGGAGGACAUUGCAGAGGGCACCGUCGAGGCCACGCGCUUCUUCCACUCGGGACCCGAGCCGGCGCUCUUCGAGUCGGCUGCGACACGGAACGUCAAGACUGCCGGCCCGCGCCGCGAGACGAUCCUGCUCCAGAGCGGUGUCGCUCGCGUCAAUUGCGUCGACUGUCUCGAUCGCACCAACGCCGCGCAGUUCGUCAUCGGCAAGGCAGCCUUAGGCCACCAGCUGCAUGCACUCGGCCUGCUCGAGAGCCCUUCGCUGCCAUUCGACAGCGCUGCAGUGGACAUGCUCACCGAGAUGUACCACGACCUGGGCGACACCAUCGCGCUGCAGUACGGCGGCAGCCACCUGGUCAACACGAUGGAGACGUACCGCAAGGUCAACCAGUGGACGUCGCACUCGCGUGACAUGCUCGAGGGCCUGAAGCGCUACUACUCGAACUCCUUCGUCGACGCAGACAAGCAGGCAGCGAUCAAUCUCUUCCUCGGCAUCGACCCGGACACGGCCGAGGCGCGCCCUGCUCCGCGCCUGCUCGAUGCACACGGCAAGCUGGCGCCGAAGCGGCGAAGCUACCGCAACUGGUACACGCCCGAGUACCUCGAGGAUCGUGGCACGGUGCAGGAACGCCAGCAGCGCCUCAACGAUGUCGUGACGGCGGACCGUGGCUUCUGGGCCGAGUACUACAGGCCGAGCCUCUUUACCGACCUGCUCCGGCAUCACGCGUUCAAGAUGACCGCCGUCCAUCAGCACCAGCAGGCUGCGAUCGGGCCGCCAUCGACAGCCGCGUACGUCUCGGCCUCGCGCUUUGCGCAGAGCCCGUCGAGCAACUCGCACGCGCGCAAGACGAGCAACGGCUCGUCGAUCAUCGCCCGCAGCGCGUCAAUACCCUCAAUGACCGAGGUCAACGCGGUGCCCGUCGAGCGCGCAGUCCUCACUCUGAGCCCCUUCACGGCACGCGUGCCUGGAGGCUCAGCUCCUACCCCCUCGUCGCCCGUGCGCCCCAAGCCGAGCGGCAGCGAGAGCCCAAGAGCUCUCAUCGGCGGCGUGCGCCGCUGGAUGUCGCUCAAUCGCGAUGGCAAGCGCGACGGGCAGUCAAAGCGGCGCAGCUCCAUGCGCACAGCAGGCGGUCGUGCUUCGCCCAGCUCCGACGACGGCACAUCGAGCGGAGCGGCUGGCGGCGCAGCGUCCAUCGAAAUUACGCCCUCCAUGCAGCGCGACGCCUGGCCGAACUGGGGCGACCCAGAGCGCCUUGCACAGCACCCAGUCGUCCCAUCGGCAGUGCAGCUGGUACGCCAGGUCGACGCCCUCACGGCGCCGAGCGUCUCGGCGCUCGAGGCUCGCGAGUACGACAAUUGGCUCUCGCAGUUCGGCGAGAAGGCCGAGUGCGGCGUGCGCGGCCUCGGCGCCCGCGUGGCAGACGAGGACGCGGCGCUGUACGCCGUCGGCGCGGACUUGGCCGCCGGCGAGGCGCUCGCCGUGGCGCGUAUGAUGGCACAGUACAGCCUCGGCGGCGAGGACGACGACGGCUGGCCCAGCGCGCACCAGCCCGUCGAUGCGGCGCUGCAGACAUACGCACAUACCGCACAGAUGCUCAGAGCCGGCGCGCCAAGCCUGCCCACGAGCGAGGGCAAGCUGCGCGCGUACAACUCCUGGCUUGUUGGACCCGUCGACGCAUGAUGACCUUUACGACCUGAUCCUCAUCCACUGUAGACUAAGCAUCACGAUUGCCUCGCCACUGCCGGCCCUCGCGGCGCGCUCAGUGGCCCUUGCCCUUCUUCUGCACGCCGGCCGGGUUGAGCUUGCGGAAGGAGAAGAAAUUCGGGAAGCCGACGGGCAGGUGCACGGCUGCCCACUUGGCCGCCGUGACGACCGAGCCGCCGCGCUUGAGCACAUAGAGGAACAUGAGCACGCUCUCGACGGCGUGCGCGACGCCGAUCUGGCGCAGCAGCCAGGCGGCCCAGUCGGGCGCGUCGGGGUAGCGCUGCAGCACGGGCAUCAGCGCCACCUGCGCCGCCGGGAAGUCGUACGCCUUGCUGAGCGCGUAGAGCAGCGCGCCGAGCGCCAGAGCGCCGGGAAGGUGUGGCGUGAC